AUGACUGAACGUGAGAUGAUUGACAUGUUCACCAGUACUUUGUCUGGACACUAUUAUUUGGCUUGCAGUGCUUCAGCAAACUUUUCUGAAAUGGUGAGAUAUGGUGAACGAGUUGAGAUGGGUCUAAAGAUGGGGAAAAUUCAGUUGGGAGCUUCUUCUAAUUCUACUGUUGGUAAGAAGCAAGCUGAAGUACCACAACAACAACAACAGCAGGGACAGCGUUCCAGUAAUGAUCGCUAUCCUCCCAGGAUUAGGCCUCACAGAAAGAUUGAUCCGAUUCCUAUGACCUAUGCUCAGGUGCUGCAACAUUUGCUUAAGAUUGAGAAGAUUACUUUGAGAGAUGCUCCGAAUGCUCCGGACACACAAUCUCCGAAUUACAAUGCGAAUGCACGGUGUGCUUUUCAUUCAGGUGCUGCUGGGCAUGAUACCGAGAGGUGUAUUGCGUUGAAGAAUAAGCAACAUCUGAUUAAUAGCGGUAUCUUCCCGGGCUGUGGUGUUGAUUGUGAGAAUUGCAAAAGUCAACCUGAAGGUUGUGCUGAUUUGAAAGGUAUGGUACAAAAGCUGAUUGAUGAGGGUCCUCUUCAGUUCUAUCGAAGGUUGAGAGGUGAGAAGAGUAAGGACGGUGAAGUGUCUGUGAUCUCAAUUCCUUAUGAUCCAGUUGUUCCAAUAUGUAUCCAAGUGCCUAUUCAGAUACCUGUCAGUAUCCCGUAUGAGGAACAACAAGCGGCGUUGAUGAUUACUGUGCCAGGGCCUAUUCCGUAUGAGAGUGAGAAGGCCAUCCCUUGGCAUUAUGGUUCAGACGUAUAUUACUAUGGCACGAAGGAAGAAGGCGAGCCAUCUAAAGAGAAGUUUGUUGAGGCCUCAGUUGCAAACACUGAUAAUUUCACCGGUACUGGUAGGAUCACUCGCAGUGGUAGGGUGUUCUCUCCUCAGCUUGUUCAAAACAAUGAAGAUGCUUUGGCUAAGGCCAAAGGAAAACAAGUAGUGCCCGAUGUCCAGAACUCUCCGAUUCAGAGUGGGGCACCUGAUAAUGCUGUGUCUUCCAAGGAUGAAAUAUCUGUGAACCAGUUAGAGGCGGUGGCCAAUAAUAUUUCAGCUGGAAAUGGUUUGGGAUUUACUGAUCGUGAUCUUCCUCCUGAGGGGAGAAACCACAACAAGGCGUUGCAUAUUUCAAUGGAGUGUAAGGGGACGACUUUGUCUCGUGUGUUGGUUGAUACUGGUUCUUCCUUGAAUGUGCUUCCCAAAUCGGCCCUUAUGAGAAUCGACUAUGCUGGUGUUGAGUUGAGGCCCACCACCAUGAAUCAAGCUAUACCAAGUUUUGCUCCCAUAAAGGACAUCACUAAUUUACACUAUCUGAAAAUGGCCCGUUUUGCUGUCACUGAGUUUGACAAUAAAGAAGGAGCAUUACUAGAGUUUGAGAAACUUAUCAAAGGUGAAUACCAAUCUUUCAACGAUGGAACCACCUUCCGACUCACUCUCUCCGCCAAAAAUAGGUUAUUUUCUCACGAUUAUGAAGCUGUUAUAUGGGAAUCGGCAUUUGGAUCGCCAUGGGACCUCGCUUCCUUUAAACGUGCUUGA